AUGUCUGCCCCUCCUCAACUGAUCCACAUCAAGCGGAAGCGGGGCGACGAAGAUGCUCCGGUCACCUACCUUCAACUCGAACCGGGAUCCAAACGACAUCUAGCCGGUAGUAGCUGGGUCUAUCAGAGACGUCUGGCCAAAGCCAGCGCCAGAUCCGCCGCCGCCGCCGCCGCUGCUGCUCAGCACCCCUCACAACACUCGAUACCAGUCAUUCAAACAUCGAAGCCUGGCGACGAGAUCUCGAGCCCUAAACGACCCCCUCAUCUGAGCCAUGCUCAUCCGACAGGAAAGGCAACGGCGCCGCCGCCGCCGCAACCGCAGACCCAGCCAGACGCGCAGAAGCCCCUACCGCAAACCGCCACAGGAUCGCAACGCCCUCAGAACCCCGCCACCGAGCCGAGACGAUUCCACAUGUCCAGGUCGGCCAUGAGCUCACCCGGAGGCAGUACCAUACUCAAGGCCGGCGGCGUUUCCAAGAGAGGGCGCUACGGGACCGCCGUCUUCGUGGAGCGGGGGAAGAAGAAGAGCACACGCCGGGCCGUCACAGCGUCGUCCGGCACCACGUCGGCAACGACGACCGCCGAGGCGCUGCCCACCGACGUCGAGAUGAAGGAAGACAACAAGCCGGCACCGAAGAAACCCCUCGCCAAACGCCCUCCUCCCCCGCGAGCAGCCUCCGCGGCGACGACGACGGCGACGACGACGAAGAUACCCGACAUCGAGCCGCAGCGCAAACCCAUGCCCGGCGUAGCUCCCACACAGGACAUGAGCAAGAUCGCGGCCGACAUGGACCAGUGGGUUCUCCACGAGAUCGGACUGAACCUCAAGGCCAUGGAGCAGCAGCAGCAGCAGCAGCAGCAGCAGCAGGCGCCGCGCUCCCCGUCUGCAGUUGCGUCGCCUUCCCGCUUCAAGCCCAAGGCGCCGGUCAAGCGAUUUGCCGAGCGGCACCCGGACUUGGCCAAGAAGCUCGACGGCAGCGACGAGGCCAUGACCGAGGCGAGCGGCGGAGAGGACGAUGAGGACGACGAGAGCGACGACGACUACGUUAUUGAGGUGUACGAGCUUGCGCCUUCGAAGCCGGUGUUGGCGGAGAUUCCGCCCGAGGAGAUUGGCGUGCUCAGGUUCGACUCGCAGGAGGACUUGGAGCUGUUCUACGGCAACGAGGAUGACGACUCGGAUCUCGAUGACGACGAGGACGAGAAUGCCGAGAACCACUACACGGCGGAUUACCCAGAAGACGAGGUCGAUUCCGAGGACGAGUACGAUCGCCACGCCUACUUGUUCCGCAACGCCAACGCUUCGGACGAGGAGGAGUUUGACACCCGCGACCCGUAUGAGGACGAGGAUGAUGACAUGUACGUCAUGGAGGGCGACGAGCGGCGGGACGAGGACGACGUCUUUCAAGAUAAGAUUCGGCGGUACAUUCGCCAGCACGGCGACAUGUAA